AUGCAUCAAGAUGUAAAAUAUUUGCUCACUGGUAUUCGAAAUGGAUUAACGGGAAAUCUAACUAAGCAUUCAUCUUUGCUAAAUCAAAAUGCAGUUUAUAAACAUCUAUCUCUUAUUAGUCGGCUUCCAGCUUACUUAUGUAUUCAUUUUGUUCGCUUCUCCUACAAGGAAGAUAAACAGAUUAAUGCUAAGAUUUUAAAGGAUGUGAAAUUUCCACUAACAUUGGAUAUGCACGAAUUUUGUACGCCUGAGUUGCAGCAUAAAUUACUACCCAUGCGUGAAAAACAGCGCCUCAAGGAGGAUGAAGUGGUUAAUCCCUCAAGUCAAACAAAUACUUUCAAAACAAAGUUUCAAGUAGUGAGUUACACAAAGUUGGUUUGUCGUGAUUCUCGCGCUAGUGAUAAGUUGCAUAAUAUUACUCAAGCUGCGUUCACUGGUGCAUGCUCAUAA